AGUCACUUAAAAACAUGCGUAGAGAACCCAGAACGAAAUUACCAGUUACUGUUUCGGGAUCGAGGAGAAAAUGUAGGCCCUCAACUUUCUUUGGUGUUUACUUCCCUCGCGGAAUUGGCCUGCGCCCACCCCGCCAGGGAACGUCGUGUGCUCCCGUGGCGUCCCUGAGGAGUGAUAGAAUUUUAAUUUUCGGUUUACCCGGUUUUCUUUCGAGGAAACUGUUCGGUCUGUCUGGUCCCUGGUUUAGUUCCACCUUUUUUUCUGUUUUGCCUGUAGAUGCUUGCUUGUUGAAGCAAAAGAUCUCCAACAGUCCUGGUGUCUUGCCCGGUGACCCCGUAGGGUUGUCUAAAACGUGGAGCGUUUCCUAAAACAAAAAACACUUUGCCAAUCAUUCUUCUGUUGGAUUUGUUUUACCUGGGAGUGCCGUGUGUCACUCCGUUGUGUGUCGGUGGGUUUCUAUGCCGUAGCGUCUCAAGGUACCUCACCGCCAGCUACACUGCUCCAAAAAGUCUGAAGUCAGUUAACUCAUCGCAUUUGAAAGAGAAAAGAAGCAACGAUGUCAUCUACAGAAGAGCAGGUACAGGAAGGGAGUAGCGUUGGCGUUACAAGAAGAAACGAAGACAAUCGACGCGAGAAUCUGGAAAAACGCCACUCUACCAGCCCAGCUUCCCUGGCUUGCCAAGGAGAAGCAGCUCUUUCUGAGCACUGUCUCGACUUUCUGGAGGCGCAAAAACAGGCAGAGCUGACUGACUUGUUAGACAAAUUGGGGAUUUUGCACACUAGCGCAACAAGUGUAAGUUCGGCCGACGUCCGCCAAGGCGAUGGAGCAGAAUUUGAAGUGUUCAGUUCUUUAACUUCUGGGAGUAGAGAAGUGGGCGGCUUCCACCAGAACGAGGCAGAAGGUGUCAAUCAAGCGGACACUGCAAAAGAGAAACCCUGGGGUAGGACAAACAACAGCAUGACACCGUAUGCGCUGCGAACGAGUUCUACGGAAGAGAUUUCUGAUGUGUCGGUGUCGCCGGUUUUCGCUGGCGAGCAAGAUGAAAGUCGCGUUUCCUCCGUUUUACCCACUUCCGGAAGCCCGUUGCCGGAAAAAAACAUGCAGAUGCCGAGCAACGAGGAAAUUUUGCAAGAAGACGACAGCCACUACCCAGGAUGUGUGUGCGAUUUCAGCCGCCCAAUGAUAGAUGCAACGGCAGCAGAGGUUGUCAGCGACGGGUUUCUCUCUCGUAUCAAAGCAGUCGUGUAUGGUAUAGUCGAGGGGUCGGCUGUAAGCACAAAUCCCAUUUCCUCCUCGUUUUUACACAGAGAGGAAGCCGACAGCUCGAAAUGGGCAAAAAGUAAAGGCAUGGAAGGAGCGUUUGUGAAAGAAUACAGAGGCGGCAUGAGUCCUGCGGUGGGGGAUGAGGAACAGUCGUCCAUGUUGCCUCAGAAGAUAAUGAACAGUAGAGACGGAACACGCCUCACGCUCCUUAGGCGGGAUCGGAAAAACGUCAGGUCGAAGAUUUCACCGUCAGAACGAGGCGUUUCGUUCCCUGCUACAUAUUUCCAGCACCGCGGUCGCACGAGGAAGAUUCGGCAAAACGUGCUUGCAGACAGUUUAUUCUUUCCCUGUGGGAUGAGUUUCUCCCAGUUGCGCAUUGAAAGCUGUGAAAGUGCAUUUUCGUAUGAAGUAGAAGAGAGUCAAAUACCCAAACUGUAAACCUGCUGAUCUAAUUCUGCUGAACAGCAGCUACUAAUAUAUUCGGAAGAGUGUUGUUGGGCAAUCGAGACUCUGUCGUAGCUGUUCUGUGUGAAGACGAGAGAGAACGGUGCAACGUUUGUGUGUUUGUGUGUAGCAGAGAAAAAUUCGAGUGCCCCUGCAAAGAACAUGUGGAGCU